AGAACUCGUUUCCCAAAAGGAUUAAAAUUUCCUUAUUUAUAUCACCCUCUCACUCUUCCCUCCAAAUACUCCACCACAAAUCCCAAACCCAUCACUCCACGAUGGGUCAAUCUCAGCCGUCCAUCAUCACUCCAUCUCUUCUUCUUCUUCUUCUCCUCUUCGUCAUCCUCGGAUGCCGCGGUGGCGACGCGAGAUCGGCGUUCGCCUGCGGCGGCGGAGCCACCGCAGGCCUCCCUUUCUGUCGCCAAUCUCUCCCGAUCCGAGCUCGCGUGCGUGACCUGAUCGGACGGCUGACGUUGGACGAGAAGGUGCGAUUACUGGUGAACAACGCGGCCGGCGUGCAACGGCUCGGGAUCGGAGGCUACGAGUGGUGGUCGGAGGCACUCCACGGCGUCUCCAACGUCGGCCCCGGAGUCCACUUCGGCGGCAAGUUCCCCGGCGCCACUAGCUUCCCUCAGGUCAUCUCCUCCGCCGCCUCCUUCAACGCUUCUCUCUGGGAGCUGAUCGGUAGGGUUGUAUCAGAUGAGGCGCGAGCAAUGUACAAUGGAGGACAAGCAGGAUUAACAUAUUGGAGUCCAAAUGUGAACAUAUAUAGAGAUCCGAGAUGGGGACGUGGUCAAGAAACACCCGGCGAAGACCCGACCAUAGCCGGCCGAUACGCGGCCGCCUAUGUUCGGGGCCUUCAACAACCAUACGGUGGCCGCUCCGGCUACAACCGUCUCAAGCUCGCAGCUUGCUGCAAACACUACACUGCUUAUGAUCUUGAUAAUUGGAAUGGAUAUGAUCGUUACCAUUUCAAUGCCGAGGUGAGCAAACAAGACUUGGAAGACACAUUUGACGUGCCAUUCAAGGCAUGCGUGGUAGAAGGCAAGGUGGCUAGUGUAAUGUGCUCGUAUAACCAGGUUAAUGGUGUGCCCACCUGCGCGGACCCAAAUCUCCUCCGCAACACAAUCCGGUCCCAAUGGGGCCUUGACGGUUACAUUGUCUCGGACUGUGACUCUGUUGGUGUUAUGUAUAACUCUCAACACUACACUUCCACUCCAGAGGAAGCAGCUGCAGAUGCAAUCAAAGCAGGUUUAGACUUGGACUGUGGACCAUUCUUAGCACAAUAUACAGAGGGAGCAAUGAAACAGGGAAAGCUAAACCAAAUGGAUGUCGACAAUGCAUUAACAAACACACUGACCGUGCAAAUGCGGUUGGGAAUGUACGACGGCGAUCCGUCUCGACAGCCGUUCGGCAACUUGGGGCCACAGCAUGUCUGCACACAGGCUCACCAGAACCUCGCGCUCGAAGCCGCGCGUCAAGGCAUUGUCCUGCUCAAGAACCAGGCUAAUGCACUCCCCCUCUCUCACUCUCGCUAUCGUAACAUCGCCGUCAUUGGUCCCAACUCCGACGCCACCGUUACCAUGAUCGGUAAUUAUGCCGGUGUGCCAUGUAGAUACACAUCUCCAUUACAAGGGAUAGCAAACUAUGCCAGAACUAUCCAUCAAGUUGGCUGCACAAAUGUGGCCUGUUCCGGUAACCAGCCAAUAGAAGCAGCUGUAGCUGCUGCAAGUAAAUCAGAUGCAACUAUAUUAAUAAUGGGUCUUGAUCAAUCAAUCGAAGCUGAGGCGAUAGACAGAGUCGAACUUCUCCUCCCCGGUCGCCAACCGGAACUAGUCACCAAAGUGGCUGCAGCUUCAAAGGGACCAUGUAUACUCGUCCUAAUAUGCGGUGGAUCAGUGGACAUCUCCUUCGCUAAGAAUGACCCAAAAAUCUCCGCCAUUCUUUGGGCCGGGUACCCUGGUCAAGCCGGCGGUGCUGCUAUUUCUGAUGUCAUCUUCGGUGCAUUCAACCCAGGUGGUAAACUUCCGAUGACAUGGUACCCACAACAAUUUGUCGAAAAAGUGCCAAUGACAAACAUGAACAUGCGUCCAAACCCAUCGGAAGGGUACCCCGGCAGGACCUACCGUUUCUACAAGGGCCCUGUUGUUUAUCCAUUUGGGCAUGGAUUGAGCUACACUAGAUUCACUCACUCCAUCUCACAUGCACCUAGUGAGCUCACUGUCCGGCUCGACGGCCGGAAAGCAGGGUCUGAGAACUCCACCAUGUUAAACUCUUUGAUCAGAGUCACUCAUGCCAAGUGUGAAGGACUUAUAAUGCCCAUUCAUUUGGAUGUUAAAAAUGAAGGUGAUUGGGAUGGGUCUCAUACAGUGUUAGUUUUCUCAAGGCCACCAUCUUCAUCUUCUGAUCAUUCUCCACCUCAAAAACAGCUUGUUGGGUUUGAGAAGGUGCAAGUGUUUGCAAAGUCACAGACAAGGGUGACACUGAACAUUGAUGUUUGUAAAGAUCUUAGCAUUGCUGAUAACAAUGGGAUUCGAAGAAUUCCAAUUGGGGAUCAUAGCAUUCAGAUUGGUGAUCUCUCUCAUUCACUCUCUCUCAAAGCAGAGACCUUGGCAUUCUAAGCUUUGUCAAGUCUUUGGGUUGCUAAAAGAAAUUGAAUUGAUAAACAAAUAAAUACAUUGUUUGAUUCUUUUCCUACGGGAUGGUUCUUGUAAUUUAUCCAAUGGAAAGAUUCAAUGUGGAAGAAAAAAAGAAAUGGAUAUCUAUUUUAUAAAGGCUUUUCUUUGGAGGAGGUUAUAAGAUCA